AUCCUCUCCUCAGCUGUUUCUUUCUUCUCCCACUUCGACACAGCGGCUCGUCCUUACUACUUUACCUUUCCCAACCAGCUAGUUAGCUCAGUUAACUAGUCCUCAGCCUCUACGGGAGGCAGUUCACGUCUCAAAGUCAAAGUGACUGUCACUGACCGUCGCAUUGCACAGUGCACCCAGUUUCAAGGAGUGAGUUAAUGCGACACGGCAUUGCAACUCAAAGGACAUUGCAUUACAGAGAGGGGCAGAGAGAAAAAAUGGUUUAAAAAUUACACUUCUGUACAAUCAGUGAUGGUCACUUGCUCCCUGGAUAUGACUGUUGUCUAAACUGACGCUUGAGGAGUCACAGCGGCAGGAUCCUUCAGCCAGCCGUCCAUCUCCAUGCCACUGUGAGAAGGGAUCACUCAUCCUGAGUACAACUUCGCCCCUUGUGUUUCUCUUCUCUUUUUGCCAUGGGGGGAGCAGUGAGCGCCGGGGAAGACAAUGACGACCUCAUUGAUAAUCUGAAAGAAGCUCAGUACAUUCGCACAGAAAAAGUUGAACAGGCUUUUCGGGCCAUAGACCGCGGUGACUACUAUCUGGAUGGCUACCGGGACAGUGCCUACAAAGACUUGGCAUGGAAGCACGGCAACAUACACCUGUCUGCUCCGUGUAUAUACUCUGAGGUGAUGGAGGCCCUCAAACUGCAGCCAGGACUUUCUUUCCUCAAUCUGGGCAGUGGAACCGGCUACCUGAGCACAAUGGUUGGCCUUAUCAUUGGGCCAUUUGGUGUGAACCAUGGAGUUGAACUCCAUAAGGACGUGGUUGAAUAUGCCAGAGAGAAACUGGAUGAUUUCAUAAAGAAUAGUGACAGCUUUGAUAAGUUUGAGUUCUGUGAACCUGUCUUUGUGGUGGGGAACUGCCUUGAAAUCUCAACAGACAGUCAUCAAUACGACCGCAUUUAUUGUGGCGCCGGAGUGCAGAAGGACCAUGAAAAUUACAUGAAAGUACUACUCAAAAUUGGCGGCAUUCUGGUGAUGCCUAUUGAAGAUCAGCUGACCCAGAUAACCAGGACUGGUCAGUGCACAUGGGAGAGCAAAAACAUCUUGGCGGUGUCCUUUGCCCCCUUGGUCCAGCAGAGCAGAGCUGAUGGAGAGAAGCCUGAUGCUGUCCAGCUGCCCCCAGUGACUGUCCGCAGCCUUCAGGAUCUCUCUCGGAUCUACAUACGCCGCACUCUCAGAAACCUGGCCAACGAGGACAGUCAGGGGAAGGGGAUGAUGCAAAGAGUCCCCCAGAAGCGCAAACGCAGGCGCUGUCGGCGGCGACGCAUCAACACCUAUGUUUUUGUAGGCAACCAGCUGAUCCCCCAAAUGGUGGAGAGUGAGGAGGAGGAGCACGCUGAAGAAGAACACAAGGAAGUGGAGGAGGAGGAGGAAAGAGACAUUGGCGACAUUGAAAUCCUCAGGCAAGUGAACGUGUUGAGAGACCAAAUAAUGGCUUUACCGCUGCCUGAGUCACUGAAAGCAUAUUUGCUGUAUUACAGAGAGAAAUGACUGAUUCCCUCGAUGUCAGUUCUUAAUGGGUGCAGCUCUUGCUGAAAUGCUUUCCUUUGCCCUUUUCAGUACAAAUGUAGCAUUAUUUCCAUUAAAUCUUGAUGACAAAACUGUAAUGGAAAGAAACGUCAUAGAUAAUAUUGGAUAAUAAUGUUAUGAUUGUCAUGACCUGUUAGUUUUUGUUGACAUUUUCUUUUGAUUUGUAUAUGAAAAAAAACAAAACAUUGUAAAAAGUAUACUAAAUGGACAUAGUUUCAGAAACCCGUUUUGAGAUUCAGAUUUUAUCACAACAUGUCAGGACUUCUGCAGAAGUUUGCAGAUUAAAAAUUGUAUAAAAAAAAAAACAAAGUUCUUACUAUAUUUGUUAAAAUAUGAUCAUGCUAAGAUGAAGACUUUUAUUGCACCUUUUUUAGAAGCUUUAACUUGCUCUCAGUGUCUGGCGAUUUAUUGAUGCUGAGAGGAGCAAAAGACACUGAAAGGCGAAUAAGGCCACAUCCUCCCAUGUUGAGUUUCAAGAGUAAGGCACUCUUGCAUAAUCAUGACUAGGGCACUUAUGUCAUUGCUCUUCUGGAUAUUUCAUUUUAGGUCAACAUAUUUUGUACCUUCCUAUUACAGUAUAGCAUUGAGAGACCAGAUUGGUUCAUAAUUUUUUCUACAGGGCACCUUUUAAUGUAACUUUUUCUACAGGGUGCUUACAUACAUACUUGUGUUUUCUCAAUUUGCAUAUGAGUAGCUGACAUCCUACUUGGUUUGAUAAGGUGUUGUAUGCCCUGUCCUCUCCAUGGUUUCCUUUCCAUUGUUAAUGCAAAUAACAAAUUACUUUCAUUAAUCAUAUCAGAGGUUUAAAACAAUGAUGAAACUGAUUACAGGUGUUAAAUGGUGGUGGACAUUUUCAGCUUUUUUAGACGGAUCUGGUGAUGGGGAGAAGUUGGUCGGUAACGAGUACAUGCAUGAAUACACUGUAUAUGUCUUGGGUGUUCCUGACUUUGCUUCACAUCUUAUGAUUGGUCACUGGAGGUGAUGUCCCAGGUGAUCAAGUGUGAAAAUGUUUUGACAAAAGAAAUAAAAAAAAAAAAAUGCAUUUAAGGAUAAUUAAUGAAUUAGAUGGCCUUGAGACAAAUCUCAAAUUCUGUAUAGUACUGCGUUUUUUUUUGUUUUUUUUAAUACCAAUGCAAAAUCAGAAUCGCUGAGGAUUUUGAAGCCUUUUGUAUUCUGGACUGUAGAAGUGUCCAGCAAAGCACCUUAAUCUGCAGUCCUCAAGUGAGAAAAAAGGUGCCAUUUUUUGGCUAAAUUUGUACUGUGGACUGAACUUACUGUAAUGUAAAUCCUCUUUAAUCAAAGUACAAUUUGCUUGCAGAAGUUCCCUGAUAGUGAUGGCUUUUUAAGUGCCAACGUACCCCAUCACAUUAGGAUUUCUGUGAGUUUCCUGGCACAGUAAAUUUAGCCCAAACAACAACAUAUAUUUCUACAAAAAACAUUCCAUGGUGAAAAAAGAAAACAGCACAUCACUGAUAGAUGUCACACUUUUGAGUCAUGCUUUAUCGUCACAGACUUGGAAAUUACUUUGAAUGCAUAAUUUAGUAUUCCAAAAGCUGAGUUGAAUGUUGUUGAUAUUAAUUCUAUUCAAUAUAAAAGUGAUAUAUAUGUAUUGUUAUCAUAUGAUUCUGCAUACAUACUUUGCAUUUGGUUUGUUGUAGCGCCCUCUUGCUGUACUGUAUCUUGACACUGGGAACUCUGUAGAUCAAAACUCCACUGCUGUCUGUUAAAUAGAUAAGAUAUAUUAGUGCUAUAGGUCUUCAUUUUGUUCUGGUGUAAUGAAAAAAUAUUUUAUUUGAAAACGGGCUGAUUAUUCUAUUAGUAGUUUUUGUGUGUGAAGAGGUAACAUUUAUUUUCCGUACUUUUUUCUUUUUCUUUUUUUUUUACAUUCAUCCGAAAGCUUUGCAAGUAAGCAAUAAUGGAAUAAUUUCUCAGCUUAUAAUUACCAAUAACAGCAUAGUCCCAUUUGAUUUGCGUAGUAUCCAUUAAAGUUCACAUGAACAAUUACAGGCAUGCAACAGUUUAUAUACCAUUAUCGAAGAUAAUUGCUAAUUAGGAAGCACAUUAAGUAUUGAAAGCAGGGGACCUACAACCUCGACUCUCAGGUCACGCCUUGCACCAAAGUUAAUGGGACUGUUGUGAUUUCAUUUAAUGUGGGCAAGAUUCAACUACAGAAAUGGCACUCGUUAGUCAUAACCAAUUCUGUGCUCUUAUAUUAAGUUAAUUUGUUGAGAGCCAAAACAGUUCAGUUACUUUUUUUAUCAGAAUCAGGCCUAGGUUGAUUUCUCAUAGUGUGUGCAGUUCAUUUUGAAAAAUGUGUUGUUUUUUCCGUAAAUGUUUGGCACAAAAAUAAAGGUCAGAAUCACAUUAUGCUU